CACCUCCAGACCUCCCUGCCGCACCUCACGUCUUCUGGUGCUGCGCACAUGGUCUCUGUCGCGUCCAAGCCCUCGACCGAACGCACUGCCAUCGCCACCGGCACCGUGCGCUUUAGCAACCCCACGCCGCUCUCCCUCAUCCACGCCGCGUCCAACAAGAAGGGGGAUGUACUAAGUGUGAGCCGCAUCGCGGGUAUCAUGGCGGCGAAGCACACGCCGACGCUAAUCCCGCUGUGCCACCCCAUCGCGCUGACGCACGUCGGCGUGUCUUUACACGUCGUCCUGCCGUUUUCGGCUUCGUCCUCCGUCGUGGGGAAGGACAAAGAUGCGAAGGACUUUGGUAGUAUAGUUGUGGAGAGUAAGGUUAGUUGCACGGGGCAGACGGGCGUGGAGAUGGAGGCGCUGACGAGUGUUACGGGUGCGGCGCUGAGCGUGGUGGAUAUGUGUAAGGCGGUCGAUAAGGGGAUUUCGAUCAGUGAUGUUAGGGUGGUGCUGAAGGAGGGGGGGAGGAGUGGGACGUGGAGG